GAUCACUCGUGCUGCUGAGCAGGAAGAGAUAGAUCAUGGGGAUGUUUGAAGAUUUCCGGUUCUCAUUGCUUGGUGGUUUUGCUCUUUCAUUACUUUUGGUUCUUGCCCAGGAUCAAACAGGCUUCAUAAGCUUAGAUUGCGGACUGCCGGAGAAUUCGAGCUAUAGUGACCCGACGACCGAUAUAUAUUACAUUUCGGAUGCCAGCUGUGUAAGCACCGGUGCAAUUAUGAGUGUAUCGACUGAAUUCAGAACAAAUGAAGUUCGUAAACAGCUAUGGAACGUCAGAAGCUUUCCUGAUGGAGACAGAAACUGCUACUACAUUAGACUUACAGCAGGCGUGAGGUACUUGAUCCGAGGGACUUUCAUGUACGGGAACUACGAUGCCAAAGGUGAAUUACCUGUGUUCGAUCUGCAUAUUGGACCUAAUAAGUGGGAUUCCUUGAAAUUUGAGAGUGCGUCCGCUGUUAUCUACAAGGAGAUCAUACAUGUCCCAUCAUCGAGUUACAUCCAUGUUUGCCUCCUCAACACGGACUCUGGAACGCCGUUCAUUUCCGCAUUAGAACUAAGGCCUUUGAGAAAUAACACUUAUGUGUCUGAAUCGGGUUCGUUGGCACUCGUUGCACGGGCAGAUACCGGUGCAACUGGAAGCCAAAUAUUCAGGUACAAGGACGACAAAUUUGAUCGGAUUGGGUCUGCCGAGAGCUUCAGUGUGUGGACAUCGUUAAGCACGCCGCUCAUUGUCAACGCCGGUCAGAAUACUUACGAACCGCCAUCGGUUGUCAUGAGCACUGCUGCGACGACAAAAGAUGCAAAUACUUCGUUGGAUUUCUAUUGGGACGUCCCUCCUAACGACAACUCUGGAUAUUAUAUCUACAUGCACUUUGCUGAGGUUGAAGAACUCAAAGCCAACCAAUACAGAGCAUUCAACGUCAACUUAAAUGGAAACUUUUGGUACGGACCUGUUGUUCCCUAUUAUCUAUACGAUUUUACUGUGUACAGCCAAUCCGCCCUGACAGGAGGAAGAUAUAAUUUCUCACUCACAAGAACUGAAAACUCUACUCUCCCACCAAUCAUCAACGCCGUUGAGAUUUAUGAAGUUAUACAACUCCUACAAACUGAGACAGACCAGGAAGAUGUUGAUGCAAUUAUCAACACCAAGUUAAUGUAUGGAGUGACACGAAACUGGCAAGGAGAUCCGUGUUUUCCUCAAGCGUACAUGUGGAAUGGUCUCGAGUGUAGCUCUGGAUCAGGUUACAAUAAUACCCCAAGAAUCACAUCCUUGAACUUGUCCUCGAGUGGAUUAACCGGGGGGAUUGCCCCUUACAUAUCCAAUCUCACGAUGCUUGUAUCUUUGGAUCUAUCAAACAACAGCUUAACUGGAUCGGUACCAGAUUUUCUAUCACAAUUGCCAUCACUGAGUAUUUUAAAGCUGGAAAAGAAUAAGCUCACAGGUUCCGUUCCAGUUCAACUUGUUGAAAAAUCAAAGAACGGAGCCCUAUUACUCAGCGUGGAUCCAAACCUAUGCUCAUCGGCUUCGUGCAAAAAGAAGAAGAGUAUUGCUGUUAUUGCGGCAGUAGCAUCGGUCGCUGGACUGGUGAUCGUCCUCUUAUUAACUACAGCGGCUAUUUUUUGGAGCCUAAAAAGGAGAAAAAGAAAAGAUGCGGAAACAAACAAUCAAAAUCGGCUAAUGAGGUCAGAAAUGCGACAAUUUACUUACUCUGACAUCCUCAAUAUCACCGAUAAUUUACAGAGAACACUGGGGAAAGGUGGAUUUGGAACAGUUUACCAUGGCUACAUGGAUGGCACUGAAGUGGCUGUUAAGAUGCUUUCUCCAUCAUCUGCUCAAGGGUAUCGGGAAUUUGAAGCAGAGGUUAAGCUUCUGACUAGAGUUCAUCAUCGAAAUUUGACGACCUUUUUUGGGUACUGCCAUGAAGAAGCACACAUGGGGCUCAUUUAUGAGUUCAUGGCCUGUGGAAACUUGCAAGAUAGAAACACUAACACCCCAAUCAGCUGGGAUGACAGACUCCGAAUAUUACUCGAAGCAGCACAAGGACUGGAGUAUCUGCACAAUGGUUGUAGGCCACCAAUAAUCCACAGAGAUGUGAAGCCUACAAAUAUAUUGUUGAAUGAGAAUUUGCAAGCCAAACUAGCCGACUUUGGUCUAUCCAAAGUAUUACCCAGCACCGAUGGUGCUUCUCACGUGUCCACCAUUGUUGCUGGAACUUUUGGGUACCUCGAUCCCGAGUACGGCACAUCAAACAGGUUAACGGAGAAAAGUGACGUCUACAGUUUUGGAGUUGUUAUGCUGGAGAUAAUCACAGGCCGACCUGUGAUAGCAAGAAAUCCUGAGAAGACUCACGUGAGUACAUGGGUGAGUUUCAUGCUUGCUAAAGGUGAUAUAAAAAACAUUGUUGAUCCGAGGUUGCGGGGAGAUUUCCACGUUGGCUCUGCCUGGAAAGCUGUUGAAAUAGCAAUGAAUUGUGUAUCUCCAACAUCUGCUAGAAGGCCUGUCAUGAGUCAGGUGGCAACGGGACUAACAGAAUGUGUGUCCAUAGCUGGGACGGAGGGCUAUGAGAGUGAAUCGAGGGAUUCAAUUCCAUUAAUGAUAAACUUGAAUCUGACUACUAACGUCAAUCCCGUGGCCAGGUAGUAACAAUUUGUUCAAAAAAAAAAAAAAUUAUACUUAAUUCUUCUGCUUCUAAUUUUGGUAUUGUUGCACCUUAAUUUGAAACUCUUGAUGCAAUUAAUAUAUAUGCACCUUUUAUGUUUUUUUUAAAGCCUAAAAUUGUUAAAUUAGCCGAUCGAUGUGCAUAUAUAUUGCAACUUUAAGUUUCAAAUUAAUUAAGGUGCUGAAUGCUAAAAUUGAUAGCUAGUUCGGUUGUCACAUGAUGCAUGGCAAAAUGCAUGGGUGACCAUUUGAGGAAUUAAGUGUAAUUUCUAUAGCGAAAAAUAAAUGUACUUUUCCAAGCUGUGUGAUGUUUUCAAUAUAUGUAUCAAACUCUGUUUCUUCGGAAAAAUAAAUAAAAGAGAUUAGUUCCCAGUUAAGGAAA